AUGAUUGCUGAUGAGAUGGGAUUAGGUAAAACAAUUCAAGCAAUUGCCAUUUCCUAUUACUAUAAAAAGGAAUGGCCUCUCUUAAUUGUAGUGCCUUCAUCUCUGAGAUAUCCUUGGGUUGAUGAGAUGGAGAAGUGGAUACCAGAACUCUCUCCAGAUGAUAUUAGCAUCAUUCAGAACAAAACCGAUACUGGGAGAAUAUCAACCAGCAAAGUGACAAUUCUGGGAUAUGGCCUGUUAACUACAGAUGCACAGACCUUAGUAGAAGCAUUGUACAGGCAAAACUUUAAGGUAGUUGUGAUUGAUGAAUCACACUAUAUGAAAUCCAGAAAUGCCACCCGCAGCAAGAUUUUGUUGCCAAUUGUGCAGAAAGCUGUUAGAGCUAUUCUUCUUACUGGAACUCCUGCUCUAGGAAGACCUGAAGAGCUUUUCAUGCAGAUUGAGGCACUUUUUCCAAGGAGAUUUGGAACUUGGAGUGAAUAUGCCAAGAAAUACUGCAGUGCUCGUGUCAGAUUUUUUGGUAAAAGAACUCAGUGGGACUGUAGAGGAGCUUCAAAUUUGGAAGAACUACAUCAACUUUUAAGUGAAAUAAUGAUCAGAAGACUGAAGAAUGAUGUUUUAACUCAGUUGCCUCCCAAAGUUAGACAACGUAUUCCAUUUGACCUCCCACAAGCUGCAGCUAAGGAUUUGAAUACAACUUUUGCAGAAUGGGAGAAGUUAAUGAGAAGUCUGAAUUCAGAUGCCACCGGAAGCCACUUUGUUCAAGUCAUGAGUCUAAUCACACGCAUGUAUAAAGAAACAGCCAUUGCCAAGGCAGGAGCAGUAAAGGACUAUAUCAAAAUGAUGCUUGAGAAUGACAAAUUAAAAUUUCUGGUUUUUGCUCACCACUUAAGCAUGCUUCAAGCCUGUACAGAGGCUGUUAUAGAAAAUAAGGCUCGCUACAUACGAAUAGAUGGAAGUGUUCCUUCUGCAGAAAGAAUACAUCUUGUUAAUCAGUUUCAGAAGGAUCCUGACACCCGGGUUGCUAUUUUGAGUAUUCAGGCAGCUGGUCAGGGUUUAACUUUUACUGCUGCUACUCAUGUUGUGUUUGCUGAAUUAUAUUGGGACCCAGGCCAUAUUAAGCAAGCAGAAGACAGAGCACAUCGUAUUGGACAAUGCAGCUCUGUAAACAUUCACUUCCUUAUUGCAAAAGGAACACUGGAUCCUCUUAUGUGGGCCAUGCUGAACCGAAAGGCCAAAGUUACAGGUAGCACCUUGAAUGGCAAGAAAGAGAAAAUGCAGGCUGAAGAAGGUGAUAAAGAGAAAUGGGAUUUUUUGAGUUUUGCUGAAAUCUGGACCCCAAAUGAAAGUCUGGAAGACUGCAGAAAUGAACUUUUAUUUACACAUUUUGAAAAAGAAAGACAGCAUGACAUACGUUCCUUCUUUUCCCCAAAACCCUCCACUGAGAAGAAACGCAAAUUAUUUUCUUGUAAUGAACCAUUAAAUCUUACUUCAGAUUCACUUGAAGUCACAAAAGAGGAUGGAGAGAAGAACCAUGAAAACCUGGAUUCUGCAGGAAUAAAUGAUAUGGAUUCAAUUUGUCAUAAAAAUACCUGUGAACCUGAAGCUAAAAAAUCAAGAAGCAUAAGUGAAUCUACUCCAGUCAGCUUCAGUAAGAAAAAGAAAAAUUCUUUGGCUGGAAAAAUACCCACAUUGUUUACAGAAAAAAACAAUCAAGUCCUUCCUCACGGUUUAAAUACUUCAAGCAAAAGCAUGGCUUCAGAUAAAGUUUGGCACUGUGUUGUUUGCACUUACAGCAAUAAUGAAUUACUCCCUUACUGUGAAAUGUGCAAUUGCCCUCAGAGCAGCAAUGCUGCAGUUAAAAGAAACUCUGAAUCUCCUACUAGCCAGAUUGAAGAUGAUGUAUCGAAGGACUCUGAAAGAACUGAAAAGAAAGCAGUGUGCCAUGAAGAAGACAGAAGAAGAGAUUUUGUGGAAACAGCGACCCAGCAGUCUGACCAGAUCAGUGAAUUGGAAACUAUUGAAACUGAGAAUGAAAGUGGAAAAAAAUGUGAAGAAGAAGAUAUAGAUAAAUCAAAUAUAUUUCCAGUAUACGAUGGGCUUAUGUUCUGUGCAAGCAGGAAUACUGAUAGAAUUCACCUUUAUACCAAGGAUGGUGAACCACUGAAUCAUAAUUUCAUUCCACUGGACAUACGGCUGGAUAACUGGGAGGAUUUACCAGAAUCUUUCCAGCAAAAACGAAAUCGUUUGUUGAUACUGAGGUUUGUGAAAGAAUGGAGUCAUCUAACAGCAAUGAAACAGAAAAUUGUCAGAAAAAGUGGUCAGAUAUUUUACAGUCCUAUUCUUGCUGCAGAAGAGAUGUCUAAAAAGCAGACAGUGGUUAGCAGCACAAAAAGGUAUGUGACCAAGGAGGAUGUUGCAGCAGCUUCACUUAGCAAAGCGAGCAGCAGUGGGGGCAGUGUUCGCCUCAUCUCCAAAGAAAGUAGGGUUUGUCUGAAGAAUAGAGAUGCGUCUAUUGAAGAAACAUGUCAUUCUACAAAGUUGCUUGUGAAAAAUGGAAAAGAUCCUUCAGUUUUUCAUUCAAAUCAGGCCGAAGGUGAAGGUUCCUCCCUAUCCAAAGGCUAUUUGCAGGCCCUGGAUAGCAGAGGGAACCCACUUUGUCUCAGCUGUCAGCAGCCAACAGUUCAUAUUGGCCAAGGCUGCCAGGCCCCUGCUUGGGACACGCGAUUCUGCUCCCACGCGUGCCAGGAGGACUUCUCGAUUCGCUCUAGUCAGAGCUACCUUAGGACUAAAGUGUUUGAAAUUGAACGCGGGGUUUGCCAGUUUUGCAAUCAGAAUGCCCAGGAGCUUUAUCUCAGUAUCAGAGAUGCACCAAAGAGUCACCGUAAGAAACUUCUGGAGAGUUCUUGGAUGUCUCACCUUCCCCUAGGGCAGUUGAAUGAAAUCAUAACAAACCCAACAGAAGGCCAGUUUUGGCAAGUGGAUCAUAUCAAACCAGUUUAUAGUGGAGGAGGACAGUGCUCCCUGGAAAACCUUCAAACUCUGUGCACAGUCUGCCACAAAGAGAGAACUGCGAAACAAGCUAAAGAAAGAAGUCAGAUGAAGAGACAUUCUUUAGCCAAAAAGUAUGGCUGUGAUAUCACAAAAUUUUUUGUGAAGAUGUAAAAAAAGCAAAAUAUUCAGUUGCAUCAUAAGUCAGAUUUUCCCUAUGCACUGAUUAAAAAUAACAGCAUAAUAGACUAAAAAUUAAGAGGGAAAAAAGUGGAAUUUAAAGUAAAUCAUUUAUGCCAAUUUGAAAGGACCUUGGAGGAUUGCAUAGCACUUGAUCAUGGUAGAUCAUGGUAAUAUUUUUAGAGCUGUGACUUAUAGAGCUAAAUUUCUGAGUGUAUGCAAUUUCAAUGUAUUACUGUUUUCAUAUUGCACCUGUAAGAAUUAGAGGAAUUCUGUUGAUACUUGUUGCUUUUAUAGUGUUCAAGGGUGACAUACAUUAAUCUUUUCUGGUUCAGAUAUUAAAGUGAGAAAAUACUCACCCUAAUCUCUGUUAUGACAAAAUAGCAUAAUUGAUUUGUCUCCUCUAAAAUAACUAUCAUACCUUCAGAACAAAUGAAUAGCAGUCUCAGGAAUACUCUAAUCAGCUAUGAAAGACAGUAUUGGCAUUGAACCUGACUUCAGAAAACUUGGGUAUUUAGAAUUAAUUGACUGUUCAUCAAAGGUAACUAACUUCUGUGAAAAUGCUGUAGUCACAGCAUGACUAUCUUGUUCUGCUUAACAAAAUUUCAGAGGUGAUGGUUAUUUUGGACUGUUUGUGUCUUUCAAUUACUUUAGAAACUUUUUCUAAAGUAAUUUUUUCAGUGGUUUAUUUAAUAAGUUUUACUUUUAUAUAAACCUUACAUAUUUAAGCUUCAGUUAAAACAUUCACUAAUUAACUUACUACAACUUCUUAAAAAGAAGCUAUAUCGUGAAACAAUAGGUGUGCUCAAAGCCCAUUUAGGUCCCUAAACUAAUAAAGGAAUUGCCUCUGCUGAAAUGCAUGAAAAACCUAGAGAACAUAAUCCUAUGACAACAUUUUUCUGUGAAGAAACCUUCUCUAUCCUGAAAAAUGUAUUUCUACUUGAUACAAUUUAUCUGAGAGAAACAUUCUACCCACUGUCCUUUCAGGGAAAUGCUGGGCCCCUACAGAAAUAAAACUUAACUAUACUUAA